AUGACCUUUAUAUCACAAUUUUCAGUUCUUUUGCUUUUACUUUAUUAUGCUUUUACAUUCCAAAAAAUUGUGUGCAACAAUCUUAGCCAACUUCGCUGCAAUGAGAAGGACCGACAAACCUUGCAAAUGUUUAAAGAGGGUGUUCUUGAUCCAUCCAACAACCUCGUCACUUGGUCCACUGAACAAGACUGUUGCGAAUGGAAAGGAGUUCACUGUGACAAUACCACAAGCAGAGUAACAAAACUUGAUCUAUCCCAACAAUUUCUAGGAGGUGAAAUCAAGUUAUCUUUGUUGGAACUUCAAUUUCUAUAUCAUUUGAAUUUGAGCCAUAACUACUUUAAUGUUAUUCGCAUUCCACCAAUUCAAAAUGGUGUCAUAUUUGGCUCCAACCUCCAUUACCUUGAUUUAUUCAUGCUUGACUUAUCCUUCAAGAAUGAUAUUUCCAUGGAUAGUCUUGAUUGGCUUUCUCAACUUUCUUCAUUGAAAUAUCUUGACCUUUAUGGAAUAGAUCUUCACGAAGAAGCCAACUGGCUUUUAGCCAUGCCUCCUUCAUUAUCAGACCUACACUUGAGCCAUUGUCAACUAACCACCAUGAGCCCAUCUUUAAAGCAUGUGAAUCUUACUUCACUUGUCACUCUUGAUCUUUCAGGUAACCAUUUUAACUCUGAAUUGCCACAUUGGUUGUUUAAUCUCAGUCGUGAUGUCUCCUAUCUUAAACUUAAAGACAAUAGUUUUUACGGUGAAAUACCUUCAAGUUUGUUCAACUACCAAAAUUUGGAAUACCUUGAUCUAUCAGGCAACAUGUUUUCUGGUUCCGUUCCUUUCACUUUAGGAAAUCUCACAUAUUUGGUUGUCUUAAAAAUUGGUUAUAAUUCCUUUUCUGGUACAAUAUUUGACUUGCAUUUUUCCAGACUCCACAAUUUACAAGUGUUGCACUUGAGCAACACAAGGUUUCAUUUCAAUCCUGAAUGGAUUCCUCUGUUUCAACUGAAAAGGCUUUAUUUGGAUGAUACAAAUCAAGGUCCUCAAUUUCCACCAUGGAUAUAUACUCAAAAGUCACUUUCAACUUUAUACAUGUCAAGCUCAAAAAUUUCAUUUGUAGAAGAAGAAAAGUUUUGGGGCUUAAUAGCUGGUAUUGAUGAAGGGAUCGAUUUAUCUAACAACUCAAUUAGUGGAGACAUAUCCAACGUCUUGCUAAAUUCUAAGUACAUAUGGUUAAGCCAUAAUAAUUUCACAGGAACACUCCCACAUUUAUCACCAGAGGUCGAAUAUGUGGAUUUAUCUCAUAACUCUUUCACAGGAUCGAUUCCACAUAGUUGGAAGGACUUGAAACAUUUGCUUUUUAUCAGCUUGUGGAAUAAUAAUUUAUUCGGUGAAGUUCUUGAGAAUCUUUCAUGGUCGACAUAUUUAUUAGUUAUAAAUCUUGAAAAAAAUGAAUUUUCUGGAAAUAUACCAAACAAUAUGUCCAAAAACUUAGAAGUGGUGAUAUUAAGAUCUAAUAAAUUUCAGGGAAGUAUUCCAUCUCAAAUAUUCCUUCUCUCUUCUUUGAUUCACUUGGAUCUCGCCCAUAAUAAACUUUCGGGAUCAAUGCCUCAUAUUCUGUAUAACACAACAGAAAUGAUAACACAUUAUUAUCCUGUACCUCUCUUUAAUUUAGAUGGCAACAUUUAUUUAUAUGCAAAGGGUCGGGUUUAUGAAAGUAGACUUGACUUGAGCAGGAGAACCGUUGACCUUUCAGCUAACAAGAUAUCUGGAGAGAUUCCUUCGGAAUUAUUUAGGCUGAUUGAAGUUCAAACAUUGAAUUUAUCUUAUAAUCAUUUGACUGGAACUAUACCUAAGACAAUUGGAGGAAUGAAAAAUCUAGAAUCUCUUGAUCUCUCUAAUAAUAAGCUUUUUGGUGAGAUUCCACAAAACAUGGUUGCGUUGUCUUUUCUAAGUUAUUUGAACCUAUCAUGCAACAAUUUUUCUGGACAAAUUCCAAUAGGGACUCAACUUCAAAGUUUCGGUGUAUCAAGCUAUAAUGGAAACCCAACACUUUGUGGAGCUCCUCUUUCAAAGUGUAACGUGAAAAAAAAUCCUUUCAAUACAAUCCAACAACAUACAAUCAACGAAGGUGGUGAAUUUGAUAAAGAAUCACUGUAUCUUGGAAUGGGAGUUGGGUUUGCAGUUGGAUUUUGUGGUCUUUUUGGUUCUUUGCUCAUUUUUAGGAAAUGGAGACAUAAGUACUAUCGAUUGAUCAAUCGAGUGUAUGACCAACUAUAUGUUACUUACAUGCUCAAUUUCAAUAACAUUCUUAGCACAGAAGCACCACAGUUAGUUCAGGCUCGAAGUGUCGGUGAUCUUUGA